AUGCGGUACCAUGCGGAGAGCUGUGGUUAUAUCCGCGCUGUGCUUUUGCUGUUCUACGAUUUGCUGCUGCAGCUCAUUUAUCUUUCUUUCUUUCUCGGUCCUGAGCAGCAGCAGCAGCAGCAGCAGCAGCAGCAACAGCAGCAGCAGCAGAAGCAGCAGGAGCAGCAGCAGGAGCAGCAGCAGCAGCAGCAGCAGCAGCAGCAGCAGCAGCAGCAGCAGAGGGGUUUAGGGUUUAGGUACCAUGCGGAGAGCGGUGGUUAUAUCCGCGCUGUGCUUUUGCUGUUCUACGAUUUGCUGCUGCAGCUCAUUUAUCCUUCUUUCUUUCUCGGUCCUGAGCAGCAGCAGCAGGAGCAGCAGCAGCAGCAGCAGCAGCAGCAGCAGGAGCAGCAGCAGCAGCAGCAGCAGCAGCAGCAGCAGCAUAGCAGCACAAGAAGAAAUAACAUGAGAUACAGCAGCAGCAACAGCAGCAGCAGCAAGAGCAGCAACGGUAUCAGCAGCAGCAGCAGCAGCAGCAGCAGCUGCUGCUGCUGCUGCUGA